AUGGCUCAAGAUCACCCGGACAUCAACGAUACCACCCGCUUCGUCCUCUAUCGCUAUGUGCCUUCGCUCCCCGCGGCUAUUAUCUUCGUUGUGCUCUUCGGCCUUACAACCUUCUACCACAUCUUUCAGGUUGGCCGAAAACGAACGUGGUAUUUCAUACCUCUCGCAAUUGGUGGCAUCUUUGAAUUCGUAGGCUACAUCGGUCGCGCACAAUCGCACUUCGACCAAUGGAAACUCGGUCCCUUCAUCAUGCAGUCGCUGCUCCUUCUCGUGGCACCCGCCCUCUUUGCCGCCUCCAUCUACAUCAUCCUGGGUCGCAUCAUCCUGUUGACCGAUGGCGAAAAGCACUCGCUCAUCCGGCAGAGGUGGCUCACAAAGAUCUUCGUUGCCGGCGAUGUGCUGUCCUUCUUAGUACAAAGUAGCGGAGGAGGAAUUCAGGCGUCUAAAACUGAAGGUGCCAUGAAGACUGGCGAGAAACUCAUCAUUGGCGGGCUCUUCCUUCAGCUCGCUUUCUUUGGCUUCUUCGUCUUGGUUGCAGGACUCUUCCACGUGCGCCUGCAGCGUAACGGUCCUGCAUCCGGAAGUGUGGACCUCACUGUUCUGCCUUGGAAGAAACACCUAAUGGUGCUCUACGCAUCCAGUGGGCUUAUUCUCGUGCGAAGCGUCUUCCGUGUUAUCGAGUAUAUCAUGGGUAAUGCAGGAUACCUACUCAGGCACGAGGUGUUUCUGUAUAUCUUCGAUGCGGUGCUGAUGCUUUCCGUCAUGCUGAUCUUCAACUGGUUCCACCCGAGCGAGAUCACGGAAUUAUACCACGAGCGGAUUGCGGGCGAGAAGGCUUCGCACUCGAGGGAUGCAAGCGAUGUUGAGAUGCAGCCCAAGAGUGGGCGGGAAGUUCCAGGCGGACCGUGGUCAUAG